AUGCCAUCAAACAACAACAUCGUAAAAAAAGGUCCUCUAAAUAUACCGCCUAGUUAUCAAUCUGAUACUAGCAACGACACAAAUGUUGUCAAUAGAUUACCUAAUAAAGUCAAUGCCGUUUACUCAGAACAUAAAAAGUGUGUCAAUUGCAUCCGAUGGAACCCUAACCAGCAUAAUCUGUUAUUAUCUGCCAGUAUGGAUGGAACAAUACGGGUAUGGAAUUAUCCUCAGUGUAAAGAGAGCUUGCUAUGUAUUAGAAAUCACUUUCAGGCAGUGAGAUCAGCUUUAUGGAGUAUUGACGGUACUAGUAUUCUAUCUGGUGGAUUUGAUAAAACGUUACGCCUUACGGAUGUAAACGCAGGAAAGGAAACAUUACUGAUACAAAGUAAUCAGUUUAUUACUGCCCUUCAUUUUCAUCCUGUGGAUAACAAUCUCUUCAUUUCAGGUGGUUCACAAGGGGCUAUCAAUUGUUGGGAUAUUCGCUCUGGAAAAGCAAUUCGAAACUACAUAGGUACCUUUGGCCAAUUGCAAGAUUUCGCAUUCUUAAAUGGUGGAUCAGAAUUCUUUUCAGCUACAGACACGGUGCGUCGUAAUUCAACCGAUCGUGCUCUACUAGCUUGGGAUUUUAAAACUGGAGCUAUUCUCUCUAAUCAAAUAUAUCAAGAAGCAUUUACGUGUACAUGCCUGAAAGUUCACCCGUUUGAAUCGACGCUCAUUGCUCAAUCAAACGGAAAUUAUAUCGCAAUUUUUUCAACCAAGCGACCUUACAAACUCAACAAGAAGAAAAGAUACGAAGGCCAUCAGGUAUCUGCACACCGCAUUGGCUGCGAUUUUAGCCCAGAUGGCACUAUGGUCAUAACUGGAUCAUCAGAUGGCAACUUUUAUGGCUAUAGCUAUAAAAGUAGCAACAUUAUUAAAAAAGUUGAAGCUUAUACAUGUGCCUGUGUAGACGUUGCGUUCAAUCCUGCAUUAUAUAGAACUGUUGCUACUUGUGGAUGGGAUGGAAAUAUCAAGAUUUUGAGUUAG